AUGAACACCACACGCUUUGCAUUCUCCUUCCAGCCCCUGCUGCUGAACACCACCGAGGACUUCAACGACUCCAUCCCCGCCAACCGGAGCGGCGACGGCUUCUGCGAGCAGGUCUUCAUCAAAGCCGAGGUCUUCUUGACUUUGGGCAUCAUCAGCCUGCUGGAGAACAUCCUUGUCAUCCUGGCAGUGCUGAAGAACGGGAACCUGCACUCUCCCAUGUACUUCUUCCUCUGCAGCCUGGCUGUGGCAGAUAUGCUGGUGAGCAUGUCCAACGCCCUGGAGACCGUCAUGAUCGCCAUCCUCAGCAACGGCUACCUGGUCAUCGACGACCACUUCAUCCAGCACAUGGACAAUGUUUUUGACUCCAUGAUUUGUAUUUCUCUGGUAGCCUCCAUUUGCAACCUCUUGGUCAUAGCCAUCGACAGGUACAUCACUAUUUUCUAUGCCCUCCGUUACCACAGCAUCAUGACGGUGAAGAAAGCCCUGACCCUCAUUGUGCUCAUUUGGGUGGCGUGCAUCAUCUGUGGCAUCAUUUUCAUUGCCUACUCGGAGAGCAAAACUGUCAUUGUGUGUCUCAUCACCAUGUUCUUCACCAUGCUGCUGCUGAUGGCCUCUCUGUACGUGCACAUGUUCCUGUUUGCCCGCCUGCACGUCAAGCGCAUCGCGGCGCUGCCCGUCGAGGGCGUGCCCCCCCAGCGCACCUGCAUGAAGGGGGCCGUCACCAUCACCAUCCUCCUGGGGGUCUUCAUCGUCUGCUGGGCGCCUUUCUUCCUCCACCUCAUCCUCAUCAUCUCCUGCCCCAUGAACCCCUACUGCGUCUGCUACACGGCGCACUUCAACACCUACCUGGUGCUGAUCAUGUGCAACUCGGUCAUUGACCCGCUCAUUUACGCCUUCAGGAGCCUGGAGAUGAGGAAGACUUUCAAAGAAAUCGUGUGUUGCUGCUAUGGCAUGAGUGUGGGACAGUGCAUGCUGUAG